AGUCCUGGACUUUCGCGAAACGUCCUCACAGUCAUGGCGGUCGUCGCUUCGCCUCUAACGACAGCCACCCAUCCACGGCGAUCUACGGCCUCCUCGUCCUUCUGAAACCCUAACCCACGCAUCCACCCUCCAUCGUCGCCGCCCGCUUCCGUCCUCACCCUCGCCGCCUCCACGCCCCAAACCCUAGACCCCUGCCGGCGCGGCCGAUGGGCGCGGACGAGCAACCAUCCCCGACGCGCAAACGCGACCGCGAGGAGGAGGAGCUCGCCGACGGGAGCGCCGCCGAGAAGCGCGCGCGCGCGGAGGGCGAUUCGCUGCUGGGGCUCGCGAGCUACGAGGAUGACGACGAGGAGGAAGUGGCCAGGGGCCAGGCAAAUGGUCGUGGCGCAGACGGGGACGCGGAGGAGGGCGAGGAUGAUGACGAUGAGGAGGACGAUGUGAGGAGGGCUCCGGAGAGGAGGCCGAGGCAGGUGGAGCUGCGCCGUGACUGCCCUUACCUCGACACGGUGAACAGACAGGUCCUUGAUUUUGAUUUUGAGAAGUUCUGUUCAAUCUCCCUGUCGAAUUUGAAUGUGUACGCGUGCUUGGUCUGUGGAAAGUAUUUCCAAGGAAGAGGCUUGAAAUCUCAUGCAUAUACUCACAGUCUUGAAGCAGGCCAUCAUGUGUUCAUUAAUCUUCAAACCGAGAGGGCUUACUGUCUUCCUGAUGGAUAUGAGAUAAAUGAUCCAUCAUUAGAAGAUAUUCGGCAUGUUCUCAACCCAAGGUUCACGAGAGAGCAGGUUCUAAAUCUUGACAAGAACAAGCAGUGGUCUAGAGCACUUGAUGGCUCCAAUUAUCUGCCUGGAAUGGUUGGUCUUAACAACAUCAAGGAGACUGAUUUUGUGAAUGUCACAAUACAGUCAUUAAUGAGAGUUACUCCUCUUAGAAAUUUCUUUCUAAUCCCUGAAAAUUAUCAGCAUAGCAAAUCACCAUUGGUCCAUCGUUUUGGGGAAUUGACACGCAAGAUUUGGCAUGCUAGGAACUUCAAGGGCCAGGUUAGCCCUCAUGAGUUUCUGCAAGCAGUUAUGAAAGCGAGUAACAAGCGCUUUCAGAUCGGUGUACAGUCAGAUCCUGUGGAAUUUAUGUCAUGGCUUUUGAAUACACUGCAUGCGAAACUAAAAAGCUCAAAGAAGAAAAACAGAAGCAUAAUACAUGAUUGCUUUCAGGGAGAACUUGAAGUUGUUAAAGAGGUUCACAGGAAGCAUAUAAUGGAAAAAACGGAGGAUGGUGAUGAGUUGAAUGGUGAUGCAAGUUCAGUGGUUGGAACAGAUGGUAUUGUCACCGAAACAUCUAAGGUGCCAUUCUUGAUGCUCGGUCUUGACCUACCACCUCCACCUCUUUUCAAAGACGCCAUGGAGAAAAAUAUCAUCCCACAGGUACCAUUGUUUAACAUACUGAAGAAGUUUGAUGGUGAGACUGUGACAGAGGUUGUCCGUCCAUCCAUUGCUCGGAUGAGGUACCGAGUCACUAGACUACCAAAGUAUCUGAUCCUUCACAUGCGACGGUUUACCAAAAAUAACUUCUUCGUUGAGAAAAACCCUACUCUAGUAAAUUUUCCUGUGAAGAACUUGGAAUUGAAGGAUUACAUUCCAUUACCCAAGCCUAAAGAGAAUCAUAAGAUACGUUCGAAGUAUGACCUUAUAGCGAACAUUGUCCAUGACGGCAAGCCAGGCGAAGGAUGCUACAGAGUAUUUGUUCAGCGGAAAUCAGAAGAGGCCUGGUAUGAGAUGCAGGAUCUCCAUGUUACUGAGACUCUCCCUCAGAUGGUAGCUCUUUCAGAAGCCUACAUGCAAAUAUAUGAGCAGCAUGAAUGAGUGGCAGUGGUCAUUGUGUAGCCUUCCAUGGCCGGUCUUUUUGCUUAACAGAGAUCAGAAUGUUGCGAACUAAUCCUUGUCUUUGGAGCAAUUUUUCGGGGGAAGAAUCUGGUAGUUCUUUGCACAUGUUCAAACUUAAUUACUUGAGAAGUAGAGCUUGAUGAACUGUACUGGGUUUUAGUCUGAUGCUUCAGAUACAAAAACAUCAUGUAUUUUCUUAGAGCUGCUUUGGAUGCCCCCUGAUUAGAGAGGAAAAAUUUCCCUUCCUAUUGUAGUGCAGCUUGUACCUGUUAAUUAUUUCGCUUGCAACAGCUACAGUACUCGUAACGAUUGAAGCUGAUAAGGUAAUUUUUAUAUGCAACAGGACAGAAUGAUAAUCUGUCAUGGAUACCAUAUCUUUUAAGUAUACCGCGAUUAUGGAUGAA